AUGAGAUUCCAGGACGACAUGGGAAGGAAGCUGCGACACCUCCUGAUUUUCCUUCUCCUCGUCCUGAAGGAGCCCAACACGCCAGAAGACUUCAAUGACAUGAUGGCAUCUAUUCCUAACUUACAGAUUCGCCACAACCCCUGGCAGUGUGACUGUCCUGUGUACACUCCGACAGUUAUUGGUGCAAUGAUUUCUUUUGCUGGUGGUGUCAUUUUGACACUCUGGUGUAAAAGGAGGUUUGGGAAUUCCGAUUCAGGUUCGAACUCCAACCCUGCUUUGCACACCACAAACACUACAGCUGUUGUAGUAACUAGUGGUCUUGAUCACCAGUAUGAAGAUGUAGACCAACAUAAUCAGACAGGGCAGGGUCAGUCUCAGACCAUCGCUAAAUCCAACACAAACACCACAGCUACUGUAGUGGCCAGUGGUCAUGAUCACAGGUAUGAAGAUAUGAACCAUCAUGUUACGACAAGGCAGGGCCAGUCUCAGGCCAUCACUAAAUCCAACACAAACGCCACAGCUGUUGUAGCAACUAGUGGUCAUGAUCACAAGCAUGAAUAUAUGAAUCUACAUAAUCAAACAGGGCAGGGGCAGGGUCAGUCUCAGACCAACACCGAAACCUUGGAUGCUAGAAAUCUAUCUUAUGGCACAGGGCCGAUAGUCUCUCAGCUUAAUUCUCUGUACAAAACCACUACUACAGGGCAGGGUCAGUCUCAGGCCAUCACCGAAUCCAACACAAACACCACAGCUACUGUAAUGACCAGUGGUGGUGAUCAGGCAGGGCAGGGUCAG